CUGACUUUAAAUGGUCGGAAUUUGAAUUUGAAAAAAUGAAAAAUGGAUUGGAGAGAGUAGUAAGAAGUAAUGGAAUGUAGGUUAGGUGUAAUAAGGGAAGGGCUAAGAGGGUCCAAGGUGGGCACCUAUGACCACCUAACAGACCAUAGAGUAAAGACUUAUCACUUUCAUUUACCUUAACCUAUUGAAUAUACAUACAUUCAUAUCUCAACUUUAGCUCUAGUUAUGUUGUGUCUACUAUACUGUUGCAUUAGUAAUCAAUGCUUCUCAUCAAAACAACAUUACUUCUUCCUAACUAGUAGUAGUAGUAGAAGUAGUAGAGUGAGUAACUGAAUUGUGAAAGUUUCUCUCUAGAAAAGGAAACGGUUGAGCUUUGCAAUCAAAAGCCUUAACCUUGUUCAAUCUCAAAAUCCAGAUCUUGAGCCUUCACAAGCUUUUCAAAGUUCAAGCUGGUUUGGUUUCUCUAACACUUGUUCAAGAGCUUUGCUUUGAAUUUUGGCUUUGUUUGACUUGACUGUGACUUAUAUAGUCUCCAAUUUUGAGUUGAAAAGCCUGAUUUUGCAUAAUUGGUGAGAGGGAUAUUCGGCUUUUUGAUAUGGAAUUCACAUUUUCAAGGUGUUGAAUUGAGGAUUGGUUAAAAGUUAGAAAGUGGGGUUUUCGUGUGGAAGGUUUGUCUCUACUCUAAGUGUAAGAUAUGCUGAGCUCUGAUGAUGAUGAUGGAGAUAUUGAUGUAUUCUAUGACUCAUUGGAUAGUUUGUCAGGUCAAGAUUCUGUUUUAGCCGAAGAAGAGUUUGGUUUCGAAAGGCGUUACGAUGAAAUUUGGGUGAAUGAGCCUGUUAGUGUGAAAGAAAGAAGGGAACUUUUUUUGCAGGGUAUGGAUUUAGCUUAUAGUUCUUCCAAGAUUUUGUCUCAAGAAAAAAUUAUGAGGUUUAAUGAGAGGAUCAUGAGGUGCAGUGGAGCGGUCUCAAAUGCAUGUGUUUUCCCUUCUGAUAAAGUAUCUGAGAAGACGGUUUUCUCGGGAUGGAAUGCAACUUCUGAGGCAGAAGUCUUGUUGGAAGGACUUAAAGUGUGUCGCGAGGAUGAGGUGGAUGCAAGUUCUCAAUGGGAAAUGAAUGAGACGGUGGAUGCAACUUCUACAGCUCCUGAGCACAGAGAAAGAGAAGAUGAAGCACAAGAGUUUCGGGAUUUUGAUAAGAGUAAAACUAGUAGGAAUAACUGGUGGAAGCGUUUUGUAAAUGUCGGAAAAGGCGACGAAGGAAAAGUUAGAUCAAAAUUUAGUAGAGGAAUGAAUAAAACAAGUAGGAUAAAGGUAAGACGGAAUAAAAAGAGGUGGCUUGAGUUCAGUGAGGUAUACAUUGGACAAGAGAUUAAAGCUCACAAAGGAUUGGUAUGGACUAUGAAAUUCAGUCCUAAUGGUGAGUAUUUAGCUAGUGGGGGUGAAGAUGGUGUCGUACGCAUAUGGCGCGUUAUGUCUCGUGACAAAAGCCGGCCCUUUAUUUUACUUCCAAAUGAUAUUUUUCAAAUUGAGGAAUCACCACUGCACGAAUUGUUUGGUCAUUCCAGUGAUAUCUUGGAUUUGGCUUGGUCUAAUUCUGAUAUUCUUCUCUCGUCUUCUAUGGAUAAAACUGUCCGUGCUUGGAAAAUUGGUUGUGAUCAAUGUCUACAUGUUUUCGCCCACAAAGACUUCGUGACAUGCAUUCAAUUCAACCCUGUUGAUGAAAAUUACUUCAUCAGUGGAUCAAUAGAUGGUAAAGUUCGAAUAUGGGGGAUAUGCGAAGAGCGAGUUAUUGACUGGGCAGAUAUAAGAGAUGUCAUAAGUGCUAUAAGUUACCAACAAGACGGGAAAGGAUUUGUAGUUGGUUCUGUCACAGGUACUUGCCGAUUUUAUGCUGCUUCAGGAAAAUAUUUCAAGCUUGAGGCUCAGAUAGAUAUCUGUGGAAAGAAGAAAGCAUCAGGCAACAGGAUUACCGGCAUUCAGUUCUUCCAAAGCAACUGUCAGAGAAUUAUGAUCACGUCAGAAGAUUCCAAAAUUCGCAUAUUUGAUAGAACUGAGAUUGUUCAGAAAUACAAAGGCCUUCCGUGGUCGGGAAGUCAGAUGUCUGGUUCAUUUACAUCAAGUGGGAAACAUAUAAUUUCGGUUGGAGAAGACUCGCGUGUUUAUAUUUGGAACUUCAAUGACUUUGAAAAUGCUUCUUCAAGAAAAAAGAAAUCCCAGCAUUCUUGUGAAUAUUUUUCCUUCAAGGGUGUAACGGUUGCAAUACCUUGGUGUGGCAUGAAAGCAGAAGACAGAAAUAACAUGUCGCGUCCCAUUUCAGAAACAAAAGGCAAGCAAGAGUUUGGUUCCGAGGUUAGAGAUACAGAUCGUUUUUCUCUCGGUAAUUGGUUCUUCAUAGAUGGUACAUGCCGAGGUUCUAUGACAUGGCCCGAGGAGAAACUUCCAACAUGGGAUUUACCUCUUGCAGAAGACGGAUAUGAUCAUCGGAAGUUAUAUAAAAAAGAUAGUAGCCAAGGCAAGAAUAAAUCAGAAACAUGGGGACUCACUAUAGUGGCAGCUGGCAGUGAUGGAACUAUCAAGACAUUCCACAACUUUAGUUUGCCUGUUAGGCUCUAGGACAAUGCCAUGUUGAUUUUUUUCCAUUUUUGAGGAGAGAUUUUGGCCAUAAAUUCUAAGUAUAAGAGUUUGCUUAGAAUUUGGGAAGGUGGAUUUGAAACAUGUGGUAUUCUCUGCUUACAAGUAAAAUCAUUGUGAAAUGCAUGUUGGAUGUCAUGUUCUUGACAUGUUCUAGGAUUUGUAUAUUUACACUUUAGGCAUGCCAUUAAUUCAAUAUGGUACAUAAUGAAAAGUGCUAUUGAAGUUUUGAUUACAUAUGU